CAAAAGAAAGCCACCAGAGGGAAGGCGCGGCUGUGACUAGCCAGUGCACAGGGCAGGAACGGGGAGGGCGAGCGGGUGGAGGGGGUGUAGCAACCCCUCCUCCUUGUCCAGCGGCGGAGCGGCUCGGCUAGGGCCAGCCAGUCCAGGCCUGGGCGUCGAGCCCGCCCCAGCCCUCCUGCCACCCCCAGCGGGUCACCAGGGCGCCGCGCGCUCCAACACCCUCGCGAGGACUCGGCCAGCAGAGCGAGCCCAGCACGCCGAGGAGCACCGCGAGGACCCACCGGAGCGCCGCACCCUCCAGCCCUCCGCCAUGCUCAACCCUGCCAACGACAUCCGCCUGAACGCGGAGAAGGCCAUCACGGCGACGGGCCCGUGCUUCAUCAUCGCGGAGAUCGGCCAGAACCACCAGGGCAACUUCAACAUGGCGAAGAAGCUCAUCCGCAUCGCGAAGGACUGCGGCGCGGACUGCGUCAAGUUCCAGAAGAGCUGCCUGCCCUCCAAGUUCAACCGGCGGGCCCUGCGCCGCCCCUACCCGGGGCCCAACUCGUGGGGCGACACGUACGGCGCGCACAAGAAGUACCUCGAGUUCUCGCAGGAGCAGUUCAAGGAGCUGCAGGACUACGCCGAGCAGGAGGUCGGCAUCAUGUUCUCGGCCUCCGCGAUGGACGAGGAUUCGGUGGUGAUGCUGGACCACCUGGGCGUGCCGUUCAUCAAGGUGGGGUCCGGGGACAACUGCAACCUGCCGCUGCUGCAGCGCGCCGCGUCCACGGGCCGGCCGCUGCUCGUGUCCACGGGCAUGAUGAACCUGCGCGACCUGCGCAAGCUGCACGAGCACCUGACCAAGAUGCGGGCGCGCUUCGCGCUGCUGCACUGCGUGUCCAGCUACCCGGCGCCCGUCGAGCAGCUCAACCUGCGCGUCAUCCCCGAGCUGCGGCGCAUCUUCCCGGACACGCACAUCGGCUACUCGGGCCACGAGCUGGGCGUGGAGGCGUCCAUCGCCGCGGUGGCGGCCGGCGCGCGCAUCCUGGAGCGGCACCUCACGCUCGACAAGACCAUGAAGGGCACGGACCACUGCUGCUCGCUGGAGCCGCUCGAGAUGGGCCGCAUGGUCCGCACCAUCCGCCACGUCGAGGCCGCGCUGGGCCGGCCGCUCAAGGAGGUGCAGCCGUGCGAGGCCACCUGCUGGCUCAAGCUCGGCAAGUGCCUGGUGGCGGCGCGCGACCUCAGCCAGGGCCACGUCCUGGCCUCCGAGGACCUGUGCGUCAAGGUCGCGGACCCCAUGGGUAUCCCCUCCAACCGCUUCAUGGACGUCAUCGGCAAGACCAUGCGAAACAACCGCAGCUUCGACGACGCCAUCCUGCCCGAGGACCUGGGCAUGGUGAGCCAGGACGGCGACGACGGCGACGACCCCAUCCCGGAGCCGGACCCUGACGAUUAAGGGACUGGCGGUAUUAGCCCUUCAUUAUUUGUUAACGAUCGAUCGAAAGUCGCACGCUCAGAUUGACGUUUGCUGCGAAUGGCCAUUAAUUCUUGGGCAAAGUAUUACGGAUACUUGAUGCAAGCAUGGCCAAUUGUCGUCUCUGGCAUUCGAAAUAGCUAUACCAUAAAAUAUGGUAACGCAGCUUCCUAAUUUGUCUGGGUAACUAAAUGUUUUUAAUGUUGUAUUAACUUUUUCAGUAUUGAGAAAAAAAAGGACAAAAAAGAGGGUCAUGACACCCAUAACACUAAACUGAUUACUGUAUUUUUGGGCAACUGAAACAUGCGUCUUAUUUGCGCAACCCUGAUCUUAAUUAAGACCCACGCAGUUUUCGAAUCUCGCAAGUGACGGAUUUAUUGCACUCUUCCUUUAUUUUACCCUACAAGGAGAUGCAAAUUCACCACUUUCUCGUUUCAAACCCCUGGAAAAGAGCGCUUCAAAAAGGUGUCCCAAUUAAGAGUGAUUAUGAAAUGUUUUGCAUGAUGUAAUGACAUUUUCCCAAUUUCGAGAAAGCCGUAUUUGGCUAAUUUAGUGAUUAUGUCCAAUUAGUAGCCCCGUGAGAAAUGACGGAACGAUGUCGAAACGACAUCAAUCGUUUUAUUGUCAGUUUGAUCGUUUUGGCAUCGCCCCGAUUUCCGCUAUGACAUGACAUUUCAGAGGUACCUAAAUAUUUGUGAUGGUCUUGGACGUUAAAUUUGUUCUUUAUCUUUGUACUUUUUUCCGGUAUACAGGGUGGCCCAUAGGCCUCGCGACGUGCGGGCGGGCUUGCCUAUCGCCCCUCACCUGGGCGUCUACGGUUCUGGUACUUGUGCACGCCUGCAUGUCCUCCUACAGAAUAAAAAAGUUACGUUCUCCAGGGUCUGUGGGCCACCCUGCAUAGUUUGGUAGUAGGUAGCAUACUAAUGUGUAAUAGGUGGACACGAGACGCACGAAACGAUUUUCGAGGAAUUAAUAACUUUUAGUGAUAGCAAGGGAUAUCCUGAUUCUCUAAUAUGGAAUAAAUCAAAUUUGAUGUUA